UGGAUAUUUCCUUUAGCGCGCUUCGUGCUAUGACACCACUUCCUUACUGCGCAAGCGUAGAUAUUCUACUCUGCUGUUUACUCUUACGAUGGCUGUACUCCAGAGCCUAAACGUGUGUUCUAGAUUACUUAGAACGCACAGGAUUCAAUGGAUAUCGAGACUGUCGUCUUCACUUAGCCUCAGGGAGACGCUAGAAAGGAUAAUUUCUGAGAAACAGGAAGAAGUGAAAUCGUUUAGAGCUGCGAGUAAAGAGAAAGUAAUAGGCCAGAUAACCGUUGACCAGUUGUACGGUGGCAUGCGAGGUAUGAAGGCAAUGCUGUGUGAGACUUCAGUGCUUGAUCCAGAUGAAGGUAUUCGAUUCCGUGGCUACAGCAUCCCCGAGUGCCAGAAGCUUUUGCCCAAAAGCUAAGGGAGGAGAAGAACCAUUGCCGGAAGGUCUGUUCUGGCUGCUGUUGACUGGAGAGAUUCCAACGGAAAACCAGAAGAGUCCACAAGCAGGCAAAGGAGAUUCUAUUCGUAAUGUAAUCUAACUUUCACAGUAAAGACUUGGGCUACAGAACAGGAUCAAGUCUGAAAUAGCAUCAGCAACAAUUUUUAAUUGCUAUUAGUGAAGUACUCUUUACUAGUCAUUAGUCAAGCAUUUAUCAAUUGAAUUUAUAAUGAUGGAGCAACUGCGAAAUCUGGCAAGGCAAUGCCAUAUUUAUUUAUUGCUGAUAACACUGUUGUUAGAGAUAGACAAAUAUUAUUCAUAGCUUGCAUGUUGAUAACUUGCAUUUUUGACUUUUUGGUUGUGGAGUUGUGUGAAAACCAUUUCAAUAUAUUUCAUUCAC